GCUUAGUUCAUUUGUAUUGCUCGUGGACGACGGUUGUGUUUUAAGUCUGAUCUUGCCGCGAGUCGCGUGUGACUUACAAAACUGUUUUCGCGCGUAUCAAGUGUUGCUUGAGCUUGUUGUUUUAGUGGCUUUAGUGAAGUGAGUGUUGUGUCCUAUAUAAUUUCUGUGUGCUGUAGACGAUGACCGCGUGUGUUUGACGUGGGGAUGUAUCCUAGCGCGGGCGCGAUGAACGCCGCUGCAGCCGCCGCUGCCGUGGCGGCCGCUAGGCACCCGGGUCCACCGCAACCCGGGCAACCUAUCAAAUUCACGGUGGGUGAAUCCUGUGACCGAAUCAAAGAGGAAUUCAACUUCCUUCAGGCUCAAUAUCACAAUUUAAAAUUAGAAUGCGAGAAACUGGCUAGUGAAAAAAUAGAAAUUCAAAGGCAUUAUGUUAUGUACUAUGAAAUGUCGUAUGGACUCAAUGUGGAAAUGCACAAACAGACGGAGAUCGCGAAGAGAUUAAACGCUAUAAUAGCGCAAAUAUUACCUUUCCUUUCACAAGAACACCAGCAGCAAGUGGCGUCGGCGGUCGAGCGGGCGAAACAGGUCACCAUGACUGAACUCAACGCCAUCAUUGGGCAACAAAGGCCAGACCUGCCUCGGCUCCUGCAACAGAUGCACGCUGCUCACCUGCCAGCCCACGGCGCACCGCCGCUACCUCUACUGGGCCAAGGAGCCCUUCCGCCUGCGGGCCUGCUGGGCCUCGGCGUACCUCACCAUCCCUUAUCUGUACUAGCGAAACCUCCAGAUAUACAUAGGCCGGACGAUAAGGGCAACGGUAUCAGUUCAGCAGAGGAACGGCAUAGAAAUUCAAUAUCGCCCGGUGAGCGAGAAAAAUAUAGAACAAGAAGUCCAGCCGAACCAGACCACAAAAAACUUAAAAAGGAAGAAAAAGAUAUGGGACAUGAAUUAGUAGUAGAUGACGCUAGCGAAGAACCUACGUCUCCACACAACGGUGCUCCUUCUCCACGUGAAAAUGGACUCGACAAAUUACAACCUAAGAAAGAACACCCGCCACACAGUCCGAGAUCUGGAACGUCGAGUAAUGCAUCAACACCAUCAGCGAAGAAAUUGGAUGAGAAGCCGAGCACACCUAUAUCGAAACCAGUGACGCCGACUUCGGGCGCGAGCGGGGUGGGUGCAUCGGGGGCUCCGCUGAAGGCAGCGGUGAAGCCCCCGGCGCUGCAGUACCCGUACCUCGGCAAUGGUGCUCACGACGCCUACGGCCUCGCCGGAUACUCUGCCCGGGCGGCGCUCGCUUACGAGCCACUGCGUCCGCCCAUCGGGCCUUCUGCGCUUGCGCCUAUACCUGGCGGCAAACCAGCGUACUCAUUCCACGUGUCCGCGGAGGGGCAGAUGCAGCCGGUGCCCUUCCCCCCCGACGCGCUCAUGGGCCCCGGCAUCCCGCGUCACGCGCGCCAAGUGUCGGCGCUGGCGCACGGCGAGGUGGUCUGCGCGGUCACCGUAUCGUCGCCCACCAAGUACGUCUACACCGGCGGCAAGGGCUGCGUCAAGGUGUGGGACAUCAGCCAACCUAGCAAGGCGCCCGUUAGUCAGUUGGAUUGCCUGCAAAGGGACAACUACAUUCGCUCCGUGAAGCUGCUGCCGGACGGGCGCACGCUGAUCGUGGGCGGCGAGGCGUCCAACCUGUCCAUCUGGGACCUGGCGUCGCCCACGCCCCGCAUCAAGGCCGAGCUCACAUCCUCCGCGCCCGCCUGCUACGCGCUCGCCAUCAGCCCUGACUCGAAGGUGUGCUUCAGCUGCUGUUCAGACGGUAACAUUGCGGUUUGGGACCUUCACAACCAGACUCUAGUACGACAGUUCCAGGGACAUACGGACGGUGCUUCUUGUAUUGACAUAUCUGCGGACGGAACUAAACUCUGGACCGGCGGUCUCGACAAUACCGUCAGAUCCUGGGAUUUAAGAGAAGGAAGGCAAUUACAGCAACACGACUUCAGUUCACAGAUAUUUUCAUUAGGAUAUUGUCCCACAGGCGAGUGGCUGGCCGUGGGCAUGGAGAACAGCAACGUGGAGGUGCUGCACGCCGUGAAGCCGGACAAGUACCAGCUGCACCUGCACGAGUCGUGCGUGCUGUCGCUGCGGUUCGCGUCCUGCGGCAAGUGGUUCGUGUCCACCGGCAAGGACAACCUGCUCAACGCCUGGCGCACGCCCUACGGCGCCAGCAUAUUCCAGUCGAAAGAAUCAUCAUCGGUGCUCAGUUGCGACAUCUCCUCGGACGACAAAUACAUAGUGACGGGCUCAGGCGACAAGAAAGCCACAGUGUACGAAGUGAUCUACUAGUGUAGAGCUGACGAACUCAUAACUGACACUCGCACAAGCGAACAAGCGAACAAAACAGAUCAAUGUGAAGUGUGACUAGUGAUCGCGGACGUUCUGACGUGACGUUGCAAGUGGUGAUAUAGCUUUAGUGUAUGUAUAGAAUAUAUUGGGAAGCCUGUAUGUACUUAUGCGACUUGUUUAUAUAGAUUAGUGUGCGCGGUUUAUUUGUUAUGUUGAGCGCCCGUAGUGUAUGGUGGCAGCAGAUCUCAAAAUGAUGAUUUCGUUUCAAUAUUGUUGUAAAAUGCUCAUAUUAAAAAAAGAUAUGCGCAAAUUAUA